AUGAGCUAUCAUAUCCUCCAGGUGUGCAAAGCUGUUUGCUACUUCCUGUUGAUUGCUUCUCUCGCGAGAAGCCCUGGGCUGGGCGCUUUACACAGAUGUGGUCUGGAAGUACAGAAACAUGGGAAAUCGGGGGCAGCCAGACAGGCCCUCCCGCGCGCAGAAAUUUUGUACACUCUAACCACUCUUGGACUCUUGCUGGCCCGGUGUAAUUCGUAUGCACCGUCCUUCCAGCACCUGCUUUUUGGGGAGUCGGGUUGUAGGCACAGUCAGGGUACCCGGGCUCUUCACUGCGGACAGUGGGCCUGCACUGAUCCCCUCCGGUCUCCCACCCCCGCAGGCGUGAAGACCCCCUUGUGGAAGAAGGAACUGGAGGAGCCCGGGGCCGGGGAGGUGGAGGCAGAGGAGGUGGAGGAAGGGACGGAGGAGGAACACGAGAGGCCGCAGGAGGAGAGCACCGCAGGGCGCGAGGCGGAGCGGGAGUCGGAGCGCGAGUCGGGACGCGAGGCGGCGCGCGGCGCGCGGGGCUCGGUGUCUCACGGCCCGCUGCGCCAAGAGUCCAGCACCCAGCAGGUGGCGCUGCUGCGGCGCGCGGACAGCGGCUUCUGGGCCUGGUUCAGUCCCCUCGUGCUGCUCGGCGGCCUGGCGGCUCUCGCUGACAGGAGGCGGAGCCUCCCGGAGGAGACUUGCGUGUUGGAGACGCGGCGCCGGCCGCAGCGCGGCAGGGGCUGUGCGCGCUGCGAGAUCCUUUUCUGCAAGAAAUGCAGGAACCUGCACAGCCACCGGGCCUACGUGACGCACUGCAUUCUGGAGCACCCAGAUCUGGAUCCUUCUGGCCAGGUGGGCAGAAACAACGCCUAGAGAAAAGAAUCCCAGGGGACUCUUCCUGAGAAAACUGCCCCUUCUCCUCAAAUCAUUCAAUAAAGCCUCUGAUCCAAGUGUCAGUGCCUUGAAGUUGGGGCUGCUCCGCAGAAGGGGGGAAGAUCGACCCUCCCACACCUUCCCCUUCUCCAGAGUUCAAGCCAGAGGGAAAAGGACAGGCCGAGAGGCUCCUUGUUCCACCUCCCCCAGGUUAGGACGGAGCAAAGCACUUGCAUCCAGGGGUAGUGAACAGCCAUUCUCCCCACUGCUCAGAGAACGUGAAGACCCAGGGCCAGGAAUGCCCCGGGGGAGCCCAGCACUGACCCUUGCCAGACCACUCUCCCCUCCGCCUCAAAGCUGGGUGGAGCUGAGGUCAGUGUGUGCACUAAUGAGGCACUGGCAGGGGUGGAGUGGGGAGGUCAAGAGAACCAGAUGCUAAAAUGCUGAGACUGGCCAGAGGCAGGAGCCUGGGAGACUAAGGAGCUGGUUCCUUCUCCAGGAAUCCCAGCUAUUCUUGGCCAGCCAGCAGAAGCUUCUGGAAUGCUGUGUGUGUGGCCUAGAGAAUGGGGCCAUUGUGAGCACCAGGCUACCCCCAGCCUGUGG